AUAGACAAAUAAAAUACUCUAUACUAUUGAUACCCUUUCUUCUCCUAAGUUGGAUAUCGUGUUUUUGUUAUAAUAUACUCGUAUUAUUUACUCCGUAUAAGAAUUCAAUGUAGUGGUGACUCAACUCUACUCUACUAUCUACCAAAUCAAGUUUGGGAUCUCUGCAAUUUCAAUUCUUUCAGGAUCAAUGCUUCAUAGUGCAUAUAUAUACACAUCUCAAGAAUUGCCAAGUCUGUUCCACAAGUGGCUAAAUGUCAAACACUCUUGCAGCAAUCAUUGGAGGUGCUGCAGGGCUAUUGGGCAUUUUACUUGUUCUUCUUAUCAUAUGGCUAUGGUUUUGUCUUCACCGGAGCUUCUCAAGAACUUCCGAAGCCGGAUCUUCUGAUCCAUCUGGCCAAGAUGAUGGUGUUGGAAGAACAGUUGCUGCAGCAGAGCUAACCUCACGUAGUGCGAGAUGCUUCCAUCUGGAAGAGCUUUCGUCCGCAACAAAAGAUUUUAGUGAUAAGAAUUUGAUUGGGGAGGGGAAAUUCGGAGAGGUGUACAAAGGCUUGCUUCGCAAUGGAACGCUUGUAGCCAUUAAAAGACGGCCCGGUGUCCCUAGUCAAGAAUUCAUUGAUGAGGUCCGGUAUUUAUCGUCCAUUCAACAUCGCAAUCUAGUCACGCUAUUGGGUUACUGUCAGGAAAACAAGCAACAGAUGCUCGUGUACGAUUACGUUCCUAAUGGGAGUGUAUCCCUCCACCUGUAUGGUUCUGCUAAUGUUGCAAAGGAGAGGCUUGAAUUCAAGCAUAGGCUUUCAAUAGCUAUCGGGGCAGCUAAAGGUUUGGAGCAUCUCCACUCCCAGAGUCCUCGUUUGCUUCAUAAAGAUUUCAAGACCGCGAAUGUCCUUGUGGACGAGAACUUCAUUGCCAAGGUUGCAGAUGCGGGUGUUCGCAAUUUUCUUGGAAGAUUCGAUGCUGUGGGCCCAUCUUCUUCCAUCACGGCUGAUGAAAUCUUCCUUGCACCCGAGGUGAGAGAGUUCAGGCACUUCUCGGAGAAGAGUGACGUUUAUAGUUUCGGUGUGUUCCUUUUGGAGCUUGUAAGCGGUCGUGAAGCAGUUGAGUUAUUGUCUUCAAGCACAGACCAGAACAUAGUUGAAUGGGUGGAAAACCAUCAAGAAUCGGGGAACGUGUCGGCCAUAAUUGAUCAGAGACUGGGAAACAGCUUCACAAAGGAAGGGAUGGAAGAGUUUAUGGGGUUGAUGGUGCGCUGCGUGGAGGCAUCGAGCGAGAGGCGGCCGGGGAUGAGUUACGUGGUGGCGGAGUUGGACCGCAUACUGGAGAAGGAGAUGAGCUUGACAACAAUGAUGGGGGAAGGAACACCAGUUGUCACCCUUGGAAGCCAGCUUUUUAGAGCUUCAAAAUAAUUUUCUCACUAUUUGAAAAAAUAAUUUAAAAAAAAAAAGAUUCUCCUCCCCCCCUCCACAAGAAGAAACAUUCUAAUCCUACAUAUUUCUGGCCCAGCUGUGUGUGUGAUAAUUGUAUAAAAAGAACAAAAACAGCUGUUGUCUUAUUUAAUUGUUUCAUUGUUCCCUAUUAUUAUUUUUUUAUCUCAUAAAUGUGUUGAAUUCUUGUUCGCAGCAACUAAUAAUAUUCCCUUAGCUGUCCCCCUUUUGAAUUGUCCGCUUUUAAAUUUUCAUUUCUUCUAAAUUAGGUGUCCACUCUCCUCAUUAUUCAAUGCAAGUAUUAUGAUGAAUUGUAUAACGUUAACGUUUUGAAAAGCUUCUCUUGCCAGGUUGAGCCAAUUCAAAAUGUAUGCCGAUUUCGGAAACAAUCCUACUUC